AUAUUAAUACAAUUUUUUUUUUAGAUAACAUUUACAGUUUAUGUGUCCAUAUUUUUUUUUAGAUAAAAAAAAUUAAUUAAUUAAUUAAUACUAUAAUAAUAAAUUGAUUGACCGUUUGACCCAAACAUUAUUAAAUCAUACAAUUAUUGAUAAGCAUUAUAUCAAUUAAUUAAUUAAUUAAUAAUAAUAAUGCGUUCAAUACUACUACUACUACUAGUACUAGUAGUACCGUAUUUGGCCAACUGUUCGGAAAUUGGUGUACCCGUACUGUUAUGGCGGCACCGGGACAGCAGCGGCGGCGGCUUAGAUACCUUACCUCCUACUCAUCAUCGGUCGACUGUCCAACAAAUUGAUGGCUCAAUACUGGGUGAAGACUAUCUACGGGGUGCCGAAACUGUUGUUGCGUUUGUCCAAAAUCGUAUAAAUCUGGAACAGUUUACCACUGAGGAAGACCCGGAGCAUCGGAUGCCGACCGUGAGAUCGCUGUUUACCGAUUCAUCUAUAGAGCCGACAUUACUCGUGGAUGUCAUCAAACCUACCGAUGCCCUAAAACGCCGUAACUUUCGCUACAUUGAAGACCCAAUCGACACCCAGAUUAACGACGAACCGCUUACCGUCCGUACGGGCGAUAAAGUAUGGAUCGAUUUACCCGACGAUCAUCUGGUAAACAAUGACCAACUAAUCGGUGAACUAGUGGCCCGAAUCCAGGCUAAUGUAUCGGCAAAAAAUACUGUCUAUUUGAUUACUGGCCGUACAAAUCAGUUUCGUUCAAUCGAUUUGGAGGACAGGGAUAUGGAUAUCGAGACCAAUGAAGUGGUGGACGACAGUAAGUCCCGUCGUAUACGACGCGAUACUAUCGGCGCCGCCGGCGAUGAUAAACAACGCAAAUAUUUGCUGACCGUUGUCGACGAUAAAGAUCCGAAAAAAGAGUGUCUAUACUUCUAUUCAAAUAAUCUUGAAGUAAUUAUUGGCCAAUUUUCAUCCGCGAAAGCUGACCAAGAGUUUAGCGAACCGGCCAAAUUGGAUACCGAAGCGAAACCCGGGUCCCAGUGUUGGCUAAUCGACCCGAAAGCCCGCAAACAGGAACGAUCCGGACUGUUGGCAUUGAAAUAUGAGGACCCGAAACAACCCGAUAAAUCGGUAUCAUUGCGGCUGCAGAUUGAGUCACCGCAUUUGCAUCCGGGUCGGUCUGACUACUGGUUUGUCAGCAGCGGUAACCUAACCUAUAAAAACAUUGUCUACACAAUGGACUUUCGGUCGGUAGCCGCCGAAACCAUAUUCAGCUACAGUUGCGGCCAAUUGGUUGUCUGGGGUAGGACUGGACCGACAGAUAAAACCGGACUGAUUCUCAAGUUUAGCCGAUUUCAAUUGCAACCGUUUACGGGACCGGAAACGGUUGGUCCCCGAAAGGGAUAUAUAUUUACCGACGGUUACCAUUGUGAAACCUGGAUGACACUACCCCUGUGGAUGGGACUGUUAACCCUGAUCCUAUUGUUUGCCAUUUUGUUUUUCGGCAUAUAUUUCAUAUCGAUUGUCAAUACACCCGAUCGGUUUGAGAACCCGAAAGGCAAACCGCUUAUCAUAUCUAAUUUGGACGAAUAGUAUGCACACACAAUACAACUCUCCCCCCCCCGCAAACCCCCCC